CCACCCGCUCCCCACAUCCCACCCCGCAACGCUCUCUCUCUCUCUCUGGUCACUGCUAAAACUUAAAACCCUAAAGCCACUCCAGAUCUCAAUCUCUGCACUUUUAUCCCCAAUUUCUUCCCCGUGAAGUUAUGGCAACCACAACUGAACCCACAACCCUUAGAAGAGAGGAGGAAGAGGAUGAGGACUCGAAGCCAUCGGCUGAAGACGAGGAUACCGGUGCUCAGGUAGCCCCGAUCGUCAAACUCCAAGAAGUUGCCGUUACCACCGGGGAGGAAAACGAAGAUGUUCUUCUUGAUUUGAAAUCAAAGUUGUACAGAUUUGACAAGGAAGGUAACCAAUGGAAGGAGAGGGGAGUUGGGACUGUGAAGCUACUAAAGCACAAGGAAAGUGGCAAAGUUAGGCUUGUCAUGAGGCAGAACAAGACCCUUAAAAUCUGUGCCAAUCAUCUCGUGCUGUCCACAAUGACGGUGCAAGAGCAUCAAGGAAAUGACAAGUCGUGUGUGUGGCAUGCUGCUGAUUUUGCAGAUGGAGAGUUGAAGGAGGAAACUUUUUGCAUUCGAUUUGCUUCUGUGGAGAAUUGCAAAGCUUUCAAGGAUAAGAUUGAAGAGAUCACCGAAUCUCAGGGAGAGGACAGUGGGGAGAACCAAGAAGCCACCGCUGCUGCCAAUCUUAUUGAGAAGUUGAGUGUAGUGGGAGAUAAACCAGAGGCCAAAGAGGCACCUUUGUCCUCGGAAGAGAAAAGGGAUGACAAUGAGAAACUGGAAAAAUCUACCAAUUAGAAGAAGGGUUUUGCCAUUCUUGUCUGGCUUUUUGGUUGACAAGGGUUGAAGCAUGGAUUAUUCAGGUGAAUUAACCUAGUGUUGAAUAUUGCGUUUGUGAAACAUGGUGUGCUAUGUGAUUUGGUUUGUUUACUGGUCUCCUGGUGGAUUGUUCUUGGUGUGCUUGGAGGCUCGGGGUGGCGGUUUACCUUGAUAUUUGUUGCUUUGUUUUAAUCAGUCCAUAUGUAUUGCUAAAUUUUUAAACUGGGUGAAUUGCCCUAGCAUAUAUUUGAUCUUUUAUCAUUACAAGGUCUUUGUUUCA